AUGUCUGCGAGUACCUCUCCUAGCCUUGGUGCUCCCGACGCUCUGAAGAGAGGGCCUUCACUGUCGUCACUGCAACCGAACGAACGUGCGUCUACCCCACCAGCAUAUGCCUCCGAUCCGAAGUACAAGAAAUACACGCAGCAAGUGGAGAAAUGUCUCAAUUCAUUCGAUAGUGUGCACGAAUGGGCAGACUUCAUAGCGUUCUUGAAGCAGCUACUCAAGACGUUCCAAUCCUAUAUGCAAUUCAAGGAAAUCCCUCGCAAACUCGUCGUUUCGAAGCGUCUGUCUCAAUGCUUAAACCCUGCCCUGCCUACAGGAGUGCACCAGCGAGCACUGGAUGUCUACUCGCAUAUUCUGGCCGUUCUUGGGUCAGAGGGGCUCCAGCGCGACCUAGCACUGUGGUCAUCUGGACUCUUCCCUUUUUUUGCAUAUGCUGCCACUUCCGUCAAGCCGACGUUGCUGAGUCUGUUUGACACUCACUAUAUUCCACUACAACAUGGCCUGCGUCCUAUCAUGAAAUCCUUCGUGCUGGCCCUCCUUCCUGGUCUGGAGGAAGAAACAGGGGAGUAUUUUGACAAGGUGGUAGGUCUGCUGGAUCGGCUAUCAGGAACCGUUUCGCAAUCUUUCUUCUUCCAAACAAUAUGGUUGAUCAUGUUAACUACUCCUUCGGCGCGAGGGACAUCACUCAACUUCCUCGCCCGACGCUUACCUGUCCUGAAAGCCGACGAAGAUAUCACGCACAUCGUUGGCCGAGAUGUAGGGCUAAUGAUCCGGGCAUUCUCAUCUGCGCUUGAAGACGACGACUUACUCGUACGGAGGGGCGCGUUAGACCUCCUACUGCAAGCCUUGCGUAUCAACAGUAUUGCUGUUGCCCGUGCUCAGCCAGAAGACCGUGUUAUUCUGAUGCGAGCAGCAAGUAGUGUGGUUCUACGGCGCGAUUUGUCUCUUAACCGGAGACUCUACUCCUGGCUGCUCGGGCCAGACGAUCACAGUCAACAGCAAGUCGAUUACUUUAAAGCGAAUGCUCUUGAAUUGUUGAGGUCGACUUUAAGGGACGAGAUGUUCAACCCUUCUGCCGAGUACGCUCAAUCUCGGCCAUUCAAGAUAUUCAUAUCUUUACUGGACAAAUGGGAAAUUGGCUCUCCACUAACAGAAGUCCUCGUCUUCGAUGCGUUCAAAGCUAUCAAGAAGGCCAUAGAGACGGGCUGUGAUCCUAGUGACGACUUGACGAUGACGGCAAACACACUGUACGAAGCAGUGGAGCCCCAAUUGCUAUGGAAGGAGUUCUUCUCCAUUGUGUUUGUAGACCUCAUCUCGGAUGGGAGCCACUUCGAGGGCUUUAACAUGGUAAAAUAUCUGCUUGCCACCCUGCAUACUCGAGACGAGGAGAUUGAGCAUGUUCAUCUACCUGUUGGGCUUUGUGCUAUUCUUGAGUUACUGACUGUUCGCAUGAAAGAUGAAAGGUCCAGAAUACCGUAUGCGUCAAUGCAUGAGGUACUUUCUCUGCUGGCAGAGAUAUUCCGCCAUAUUCCUCCUGCAGCUACUCUAAUGUCUCGUCCUCAAGUCAAUGGUCAGCCGGAGGCGACAACUGGUAGUGAUGGGUCAUACCAAUUUGCAUGCGCAUUUUAUGGAAUCGAGAACAGAGCACCCCGUCUCGCAAAUCGCCGCCAAGUUGUCCCAUUUAUUACGGCAUUCGAGGACCUCGUGGAGAUGAACACCCUCAUAGGAAACGCGCUUAUGAUAUCCACCACGGAUACGAACAUAAUACGUGAAGUGUUUGUUCAGUCUUUGAUGCUCUUUGGUUCUCUUGUCGGCCGGCUAGAACGCGUGCAAGAUCCGCCACUUGCGAUAGACUGGGAUCAUACUGAGUGGCUAUCGGUUAUGAUGCGGUGUCUAAACCACAAGACUGCAGCAUUCUCGAUCGUGGACAAUGUUGUGACAAUCUCGACCAGGUUGCAACAGGUCUCACAGGUCGAGCCGAAGUUCUCUAUCGACAAUCGAUUGACGAUAUCUGCUAUGAUCAAUAUACUUCUCAAAUAUCUCCGUCAGCCCUGGGUCGCAUAUCACAUGCGGGCUGUUACUCUCUUGUGGUCAUUGGAGGGAACAUGUCGUAGUGCACAUGUGGAAUCUGUUAUAGCUCAGAAUAUGGCAUCAAGCCAGCAAGCCCAAGUUCAAGAAGCCUGCGAGGCAUUUGGAGUGCUGUGGAGACUGACAGAUGACAAUUUGGUACCGGGCUUUCGAUUGAAGGUGCCAAUGAUGAUUGUGCUUGACACACUGAAAAGCGAAGACACUAACUUGCGUCGCAUCGGAGAGACGUGGAUGCGAUGUAGCCUCAAGUCCUAUCUCCGCGUGUUGGACCCAAUCUUAUUCGAUCUCUUUGACCCGUCUAUCCAACGAUUACCGUCUACCGUCGAACUUAAUGGCAAACAACUGGACGGAUUCUCCUACGAUCGGCCUUUCGACCAGCAUUAUGUGAACCACGUCUUGGAGUUACUGUUGUCUGUCGUCAAGUUCGGUGGCCAGGGAUUCAGCAAGGUCGCACGAACCACCCAGAUGACUCGUUCGCCUUAUGCUCCACUUCUUCAGCGACUGCAGUUGAGGAAUACUACUUUUCCUGAUGCAACGUACAUGGACGUUGUGUUGCACAUGUUACUCGGAUUUUUGCAAUCAGAGCCAAGAUCCGCGCUGAAGCCGGCUAUGCACUCCUUCAACAUGAGCUCGCAGUCAGUUUCCGUCGAUCUAUUACAAGCGAUCGUUGCUCGCGGUGAAUUGGAUUUCCCUGCGCUCCAGCCCAUAGAAGCUGCAGUCGUCAAGAAGCUCUACUUUUGUAUCCAUAUGGGUCGCUUGGAUCUACAAAAUAAGCUGCUGCAUCUCCUUCACUCUGUCAUCUCGGCCUCCCAUGGAGCUGCGGAAGGUUACAAAGGGUCGAAAGCCGCUCACACCAUCAGGGGGACGGACGGAAGUAUUUCGCCUGAUCUGCCACAGAGUCCCGAGACGGUGUCGUACACCAUCGAUCCAUUAUUGAUACAGACUCUUGUCGAUGGUAUCUCAACCUCUAACAACCGGCCUGUAUUCCAGCAUUGGCUUGACUUCAUCCUUAUGACAGUUCCGCAGUUCCACUACACGAUGCAAACUGCAGUUGGACCGCUCAAUGAGACCGUGUGUCGCCAAUUGCGCUUAGCCUUGACGGAUGUUCGGCGAGCGUCCGCAGAUGGACCAUCGCACGGCGAUGUAGUGUCAUACUCUACGGAUUCUGACUUCAUGAUGCUCCUGACCGCAGUGGAGCGACUUGCUCUUCUCAGCCUUUCGAAUCUUGCUGAUGCAACUCAGAUUGAGGAGGAGAGUACAGUGGAAAAGCCCGCUCAGGAAUCAGGUGGACUGCUUGGUUACGUUUCCAACGUGUUCAGCUCUGAUUCUGCUGCUGGAACAACCGAGGGACAAAAUACCAAGUCGUCGGACUAUGUCUGCUUGCACGAAGCUGUUCGCGUACUAUAUAGCAUAUGGGAGGGCUUGUCAGGUCCAGGUCAACAUACUUGGACAUCCAGGGAGGAGUCACUCUCUCUCAUUUUCACAAGGACAAGAACUCGUUGUCGCCGGGUGCUUGAACAUCUUUUCCGCGCACAUUCUACGGAGGUUCUGGAGUCCAUUGUCGAUUGUUGGCACCGAGAGUCAACGAACGAAUCGGCUGUAUUUGAGAUUGUGGACAUCCUGACAUCUAGUGCUCAAAAUGUCGUGCACAUGGUAUGCGAAUGUAUUUUGAGUCGUAUGCCUGGGCUCUCUGAGCGGACAAAGAAGCAAAUCGCUAUCCCUAGUCUAACAGACAUGAUUUUGUUCGAUUUCCUUGAACAGUAUAUGAGGCGGUUAGAAGGCCCACUUGCAAUGCAAGUUUGGGGUCAAUUCCUGCACUUGGCCAAAGACCUCGUCGCAUCCCUGCGGGAAUUUAAGGUGCAAGCGUUUGCUACACUUCGAUGUUUCACCGUGUUGGCAGAAAAAGUAUGCCAAACAACCGCAACGGAGGACCGACGAUUACGCAAGGAGCUGCAAGAAACGUACGGCAAACUUCUGGAUAUCUGCGUGAUAGCAAGUCGUUCAUUCGAUCAAGGGUCAUGGAUUCGGCGUUCGCACAAAGAUACGUUGCUGCCGAAUGGUAGGGACUCGCCAAGACCACGCGUACCAUCAGAUACCAAAUAUGAAGAGAGGAAGAAUAUCAGUGUGACCUCUUUGCAGGACACCGUCAAACCAAACUACAGUGCGGACGUAGUCGAACAGAUCAAUAUCUACAUUGCGACCGACGUCUUGCCCAACCUGCGCAGAUUCUUGAUGGAGGGCGACAAGAUUUUGAGUGCAUGCAACAACAUCAUCUACAGUGUUGUCAGUCCCUCCCUCAAAGGGAAGGCGAGGCCAUUGGAUGUGGAGGACAAUGUCUUGCUUCUCAUUCAGGAAAUGUCCAAGAUCGGGGCAGCACAGAAGGCAUGGCGUGGACCGAUCGGUGAUGCACUAAACGACAAUCGGUGCUUCAACUCAUCACCAGAAUCGGGUGGGAAAUGGAGACCCAUGAUGAAGGCGCUAUUCGACUCCGACAAGACCUCACUGGCGGAACUCUUGAACAGGAUAACCACUACAGCAUCGUCCAACAUAUUCACAAACAGAGAAUAUGAGAUGCUUUUACGGUCGCUGAACCUUCGACGACUAUCCUAUGUGCUUCUCUCGGGCGAGAAGAACCAUUUCUUGACACAGCUGCCAACGAUCCAGGAGAAGUUGGUCGACACUCUGCGGAAUGUUUCCGCCCCUGUGGUGCAGAGUGAGGUGUACCUCUGCAUACGAGUACUUCUGUGCCGACUGUCGCCUCACAACCUAUCGAGUUUCUGGCCGGUAAUCCUCACAGAACUUUACCGCCUGUUUGAUCAAGCACUGGCUAGUUUACCAUCCGACGGAUCGGAAGAACUCGGUUUGAUCCUGGCUGCUUGCAAGCUAUUGGAUCUACUGCUGGUCCUCCAAACAGAAGAAUUUCAGAUACACCAAUGGAUAUUCAUCACUGAUACUGUGGAUGCUGUAUAUCGACCAGACAACUGGUUCCCGGAGGCAAUCCUAGACCGUUUAGCAGAGGCGACCAACGACCUCCCGAUCGCAGAGCAGAACGGCACGCACCCCUUCCCGACGUCUGCGAUGUCACUGACCGAGAGCAGACCCAUGCGCCGGCCGAUGCUGCGCUCGCUCCGGCAGAUCGACAGCAUCCGCGACCUCGUGCCGUUCUUCUCGAGCGCGAGCAUCGUCUCGUAUGAGAGCGUGUACAGCAGCGGCGGGAACAUCGACUGGGAGGCGAUCGAGCAGGGUCUACUGGAGGAUAUGUUCGAGGGUCGGUGA